AUGGCAUCAGUAACAUCAUUGGACAAGGACUUGAGAAAGUUGCGCCUCGAAAAAUAUACUCCAGCUGCUGCAAAUGAGGCACAGUCGUGGAUUGAGGGUGUAUUGGGUAGCAGACUUCCAUCCAACGAUCUUCUCGACGGACUUAAGGAUGGCGUUGCUCUAUGCAAACUCAUUAAUCUGGCUGUCGGUCCACCCGGCGUCAAAUUUAAGCAAUCCGCUAUGCCAUUCAUCCAAAUGGAGAACAUCUCUCAUUUCCUUCGCGCCUGUCAAUCGCCGCCCCUGAAUUUACAAGAUCACGACGUGUUUCUUACAGUAGAUUUAUUCGAGCGGAAAGAUCCUGCUCAAGUUCUCCAGUGCCUCGGCGCAUUCUCUCGAGCCGCGCAUUCCCUUAACCCCUCUGCAUUUCCCUCCCCUAUUGGAUCGAAGGCGAAAAUAUCCACCACCAUGAGCCCGCAGAGCACAGGUCCAACGACCCCACGUAAUAGAAAACUGUCUAAUGUCAGCAACAACUCAUCCACGUACGGUUCACGGUCCGGUAUAACCCCUACGAAAACUGGAGACUCGGGCUCGGGACGCUGGAGUCCUACCAAGAGUCCACCACCAUCGAGCGAACGUAUAGGAUCGCCGUCCGUAUCUAGUUGGAGCAAGAGAGACCUCGAAGGAGUUACAAGCCCCGCAUGGAACAUUGCGCAGUACGGCUAUAUGGGCGGCGCAAGUCAGGGUAACCUGGGUAUAUCCUUCGGAGGGCGGCGGCAGAUUACCAGCGCCAGUCCUCUUGUCCCCAACUUGGCCGAUAAGGAGCGCAAGCGCAAAGAGCAGGAAGCCGAGACCGAACGACAGAGGUUGCAAGCAGAUGACGAGGAACGUAUCCGUAAGGCUGAGCUAGAAGCUGAAGAGGAACGGGCACGGUUAGUAGAGGAACAUAGAUGGGAGGAAGAGACAAGACGAUUGCGCAUCGAAGAAAAGCGCAAGGCGGAAGAAGAGAAACAUCGGUGGGAGGAGGAAGAGCGUCAAUGGAAACUAACAGAGGAGAAAAGAAGGAGGGAAGAAGAAGAAGCCGAAGCAAAAUUAGCCGAAGAGCGCCGUCGUGCGAAAGGUCAAAACGAUAGUCGAUUACAAGGACAAUUUCUUAGCCAAUACCAGGCCGAACACGAUAUCACUCCGCAAAAGAGUGGCGGAGGCGGAUAUAGCGAUCGUAUCAAACAGUUAGAGCAAGAAUUAGAGUUGGCAAGGAAACGAGAGAUGGAAUAUGAGGAAGAGCGACAGAAGCGGUCACAAAACCGAGCGCGAUCUCGUAGCCGGCCAAAAAAGGCAGAAUCCAGGCCACCCAGUCGCCAAGAUUCGUGGCGACCAAAAGACGAGCGCGAGUUCCUCAGUACACAAUGGAAUCGACGUCAGCAAGAGCAGCGAGAACGAGAGCAACAACAAGAACUACAGCAAGACAUUGCUCCUCCGCCUCCGCCGCGUCCACUCCCCGUACCUGGAUUGGCUGCACCAAUAAAGACCAAUCGCACAGGAGAGAAACCACCUGUUCCCGUAAAACCUCAAAGAACUGGAGAGGGUAGGCCCCUUCCCAUUCCGGACCGGCUUAAGAACCAGGCAACAGGUGGCUCGGGCCCAAACUUUUCGGCACGGCCCCUCCCCGUCCCAUCCCCGAAUUCCAACGGUAAUCGUACGGAUCGCUUCCUCGUUUCCAACCCGGCGCCCGCUCCGGCUCCUCCACAGCAAACUUACUCUCGUGAGCUCGACGCCACAGCGGAACGUGAUGCAGAGGACAGACGACGAGCCGAAUCACAAGUUAAGACGAAGGCAGGCGGUUGGGCCGGCAAAUCAUUACUAGAGCGCGAGAUGGAGAUGGAAAGGCAAAGACAGCGCGAAUGGGAAGAGUCUCAGCAGGAGACAGCUAAGGCAGUCAGAGCAGGUGAUGGUGUAGAUGGUAUUGGCGGCGGAGUUGGUGGCCGGUGGGACGUUAGUCAAUGGAGUGGAUAUACUGGCGGUGACAGCCAAAACAAUGGAUCUGCGGGUAUCGGAGCUGGAAGGAGGCAAAUCGUUGGGCCUAGGCCGUUACCAAACAGACCCGGACCGUGA